AUGAGAGCAACUCUCUUGCGAUCGAGUCCGUCGCCUCGAGUAACAGAAUAUUUACUCCGAAAAGGACGCAUCCAUCCUCGCAGCAUGGCCGUGGUCGAAGUCGAGCAACCGAAAGAAGAACCAGAAAUUCUAGCACCUCCGCCGAAAGUAGUCAUCACUCCUUGCGAUCCAUGGCCACGACCGUAUAUCCUCGACGGAAACCUGAGAAGAGUCGCGCCGUAUCAUUACACAUAUAACACAUAUUGCAAACAACGAUGGAGGGGUAGAGAGAUUCUGGAGAUCUUCUCCGAUGAGUUCAGAGACCGACCAGUGGAGUACUACGUAUGUACCAAUCUCAAGAGAAGGCGUUGUGUGAGUGAACAGAAGCCUGACUGACACUUUCAGAAAGAAUCGAUAGAAAGCGGUGCGAUUUACAUCAACGGCAAGACAGUCCCUUCAACGUCGACUGUGGUCAAGAACGGCGAUAUUAUCAGCCAUACCCUACAUCGACACGAGCCGCCUGUGACUUCGCGGCCGAUUGGAAUUGUACAUGAGGAUGAUGAUAUGAUCAUCAUCAACAAGCCGGCAGGCGUACCGGUCCAUCCCGCCGGACGGUACAACUACAACUCGGUGGUGGAGAUCAUGCGAGCAGAACGCGGACACCAGUGGAACCCGUUACCGUGUAACAGACUGGACAGGUUGACGAGUGGCGUCAUGUUCAUUGCGAAGCAUAAGAAGGCGGCUGAGAAGGUCACGGAGCAGUUGGUGGGCAGGACAAUACGGAAAGAAUACGUGGCGAGGGUGAAGGGAGAGUUCCCUGAAGGGGAUGUCGUCUGCGAGCAGCCCAUCCUACAAAUCUCGCCAAAGCUUGGCCUGAACAGAGUGCGGGCGAAUGGCAAGGAAGCAAGGACAGUGUUCAAGCGACUGGCAUACUACCCGCCGAAGAAUGGAAUUGGACACAGCUACAGCAUUGUACGAUGUCGACCACUUACUGGGCGGACACACCAGCUGCGCGUACAUCUCCAGUUCCUUGGACACCCGAUCUCGAACGACCCGAUCUACAGCAACCAAAAAGUCUUUGGACCGGAUCUGGGCAAGUCAUGUAGUACCGACGAAGACGACGAGGACAUCAUCAGCAGAUUGUCGAGGAUGGGCAAAGAUGAAGUCGCCGAAGCAGUAGCAUACCACGAUGAGAUGGUGGAUGAGUAUAAUCGCAAGAAGGCGGAGAAGCUGACGGGCGAGCUAUGUGAGGUGUGCAAGACGGAGCUGUAUAGCGAUCCUGGAGCGCAUGAGUUGGGGAUCUACCUCCAUGCGAGAAAGUAUGCGUGCGCGGAAGGGAAAUGGAGCUAUGAGACUGAGCUGCCGGAAUGGGCUUUGCCUCCGCCUGGAUACGAAGGGCCGAAGGAGACGACCACAGAGACAGAUCCGUUGGCGGUCGACGUCGAGAAGUUGGAUAUGAAUGGCAAGACGGAGGAGCAAGAGGGCAAGGAUGCGACGACCGCCACUAGCUGA